AUCAAGGUUCUCAAAGUUGCCACCGAAUCACUUAAAUGAUGGGGCCAGAAAGGUUUUUAGGGUGACACACCAAACUGGCCCUUGCUGUAACUCUGGGAGAGUUUAGCACGUCUACAUUUAUUAGCUGCAGCCGUUGCUAGUGUAGCGUACCAAAGGCCAACAGAUUGGUUAUUUGUCCACUGUAAGGUCAGAGGUCAUCACACAGAAGCAUCCAGGUUGUUUCAUGUGCUUGGGGUAUUAUGUGCCACAUCUUAACUGUCUGGUCUGCAAACCAGUAAACACACUGCUCUACGACCUUGUUACCAGGAAGGGAAGCCAUGAUAAAGUCCUUCUCCUGACUCCUUUAUUUGAGCAGCAAACCCAAGGUCCAUGCAGAAGACGAGACUUUUACUCUGAAUAAUCUUCUCCGGCUUAUAAAUGAUUAUAAUUUUAUAAGUGUUAUAUAAUCAUAUUUUGUGAUCGAACAAUAUGUUGAAAUCCAAAGAGUUUUAAUAAUGUGUCCUAUACUUUAAUUAAUGACUGAUGGGUUAACAUGAAUAUUUUCCUGUAAUGAUUCAUUUUGGAUCUUAAAUUAGACCUGAUCAGUAAUUCUCCAAUUUGAUGUUAAUCUAUCAGUAUACUAUCGUUAAUGGUUUAACAUUUCUGCCUCACAUUAAGAAUAACCUCUCUAAGUAUGUAAGUAAGUCUCUAAAUAGUUAGUAACCCUAACCCAUUUCCCCACUAAUCUAUUCUAUUCUAUUAUGUUGCAUUCUAUUCUAUUCUAUGUGGGCGACGGUGGCACAGGAGUUAACUGCUCGCCCUGUAAUCGGAAGGUUGCAGGUUCGAGCCCCACUCAGUCUGUCGCUGUCGUUGUGUCCUUGGGCAAGACACUUAACCCACGUUGCCUGCUGGUGGUGGUCGGAGGGACCGACCUCGCCUGUCAGUGCGCCCCAGGGCAGCUGUGGCUACGUUGUAGCUCACCACCAGUGUGUGAAUGUGUGUGUGAAUGGGUGAAUGACUGAUUGUGUUGUAAAGCGCCUUUGGGGGUUCCAGGACUCUAGAAGGCGCUAUAUCAAAUACAGGCCAUUUACCAUUUAUUCUAUUCUGUUCUAUUUUGUUCUGUUCUAUUCUAAGUUCACACUUUCUUUACAAAACUCCCUAAAACGUGUUUUUGUGCUAGCAGGACCAUAGACAUCUAUGUUUGUGUAGGGCAGGUUUGCGGCUACAUGAAGUAGCCAAUCGCAGUAGAGACCUUCUAGCCAAUCAGAGGCGAGAAAGGCGGGUCCUUCCUUGGACAUACUCCGAUUCUAAAUAAUGGCUGUGUCUCAAUUCAGGGUCUGCAUCCUACGUCGGCCGGAUUCGUCGGCCGGUUACGUCACAGCGCCGCGACUCGGCCUGUCCCAAUUCGAAGACUCCUUCAAAUGCGGUCGACGAAUGCGGCCUUCUUUUCGCCUGAAUGAAGGAUGGGUCCGGUGUAUCCUUCAAUAGGUAGCAUUUCCCAAGAUGCCUUGCAGGCCAGCCGGCAGAAAAACUUAAAAACAAUGGCGGACAGCAAGCGGGAGCUGUCGGAGAGGAUUGCGCAUAUAAAUGUCAGUAUAAACUUGAAAACUGUUAGGUUAAUGACUUUUUGUGAUACAUGAACGUUAUUUUAGUUAGAAAUGUUACAGUAAAAGUGCUUGUAUUGCAGUCUCGGCUCGUAUGUUCGGCCGCUCGGUGUCGUACUUCUCCCGCUACGUUUCCCCCUGAUUUUAAUAGAAGUUUGUAUUUUAGGUACAAGAGAAAACCAGGGAAUUUAUUAAGCUUAGGGCGGAGACGGACCACAUGAUCACCGGAGCAAAGUAUUCGGCGGCUGUGGCAUGGAGACUAUUCUGGAGAAAAUGGGCAUCCAGGGGAAGGUGCCAGCGAUGACCAGCUUCUGGAGCUGAUCAGGGAGGACAUGAGGCUGCAGAUGGAGGCAGAGCAGCAGAGGGCACAGGAGAGAAGGGAGAACUUUGACAGCUUUUUACUUUGCUAGAAAAAAUGGUUAAGGAAGAUUAAACAUGUACAUAUAAAAGAAAUAUCUAAAUAAAAUCAGUUCUGUAUUAAACUCUUGAAUUUUAUUUUGGUUUACAAAUGAGAAUUGUUUACUAGAGGGUAUCCCGCUGGGUCUUAAAGUCUUAAAAGGUGAUAAAUCGGUUUUGGUCAAAUGAAAACCCUUAGAAAGUAUUAAAAACUAUUAUCACAUCUUUACUCAGGAUCAGCUUGUCUAAAGUAUUUUCUUUGAAUUAGCUCUCCAACAGUCAAGGAAAUGAUUAAAGAUCUAAAUAAAACUUCCAGCUCCAUCGUUUACAGUUCCUUCUCCCUUCUGCUCAGCGGUUCCACUGUUGCUAGGCGACGGAACGUUCGCCGAGGGAGAGGCGGGAGUUCAUGAAGGCUAGGCCUGUCCAGGGUUAGGGUUAGCAGCCGUUAACAUCCGGUCUACCCGGCCGACGGAGGACGCAGCCCACGUCGGCGGGUGGGCUGCGUCCUUCGAAGGAUGCAGACCCUGAAUUGAGACACAGCCCAUGACGCGUCCCGGACAGAGCAGCAAUGGGGGCGGGGCUCUGGUUCUGAUGUUGCUACUUCCUGAGACCGAACCGCUCCUUCCGGUCCGAUCCAUUGUUCAGUGGAGAGUUUUCCACAUGCUGACCUCCAGCGGAGCUCCGGGCUCCUCCGGUCCGUCCAGCCGGGAGGCGGGAGCCGUGUAACGGUACGCGGAGAGCCGGAUGUUAGCUUCGCAGCUACAAGUCUCUGGGUCCGACCCGCCCAGAACCAGAACCAUGCAGAACGGAACUUUCUCCAGCUACUCCUGGAUAGACUUCAUGUUCUCCGUGGUCGGAGUGUGCACCUUCCUGCUGGACUGGGGCUGCGACCUGUGGGUGGCCCGGGAGUUCUACUGCAACCGGGACUUCUUCUGGUUCGGAGUUCUGGUCGGCCUCAUGGUCCUGUCGUCUGUUGUGGUGCAGAUGUUCAGUUGGUUCUGGUUUCAGUACGAUCGAAAGCUACCAGGGUUCGGUUCUGGGUCCGAGUCGGUGCUCUGCGGAGACCGAGGGAGGAUCUUCUGCCUGCUUCACGUGCUGCAACUGGGCUUCCUGUUCAGACACGUCUCCGCCAUACGCCAGGGCUUCAGGGUGUGGUGGAGGAAGGAGGGGGGCUCGGAGUACGCCGUCUACCUCACGCACGAUCUGAGCAUGCUCCGUCUGAUCGAAACCUUCUGUGAGAGCGCUCCUCAGCUCAUCCUGAUGAUCUACGUCAUGCUGCGCACCAACAAGGCCAAAACCGUUCAGUUUGUGAGCGUCGCCGCAUCCACCACCUCCAUCGCCUGGAUGGUGGUGGACUACCACCGCUCCCUGCGGGCCUUCCUCCCGGAUAAAGCCAAGCAGCGCUGGGGUUCCUCUCUGAUCUACUUCCUGUGGAACCUGCUGCUGAUUGGUCCUCGUUUGGCCGCUCUCGCCCUCUUCUCCUCUGUGCUGCCCGGUUUCAUCGCUCUUCACUUUGCUCUGCUGUGGCUCGUCUUCUUCAUCUGGGCGUGGAGACAGAGGACGGACUUCAUGGACAGCGCCGCGGGGGAGUGGCUUUACCGCUCCACGGUGGGGCUCAUCUGGUAUUUCAGCUGGUUUAACGUGGCGGAGGGCCGGACGCGCAGCCGGAGCCUCAUCUAUCAUUCCUUCAUCAUCGUGGACGGAGUGGUCCUGCUGGUGACCUGGUGGUUCUACAGAGACCCGGUUGGAGCAGAACCAUACGCCCUGGUCCUGCUGCUUGCUCUUCCUCUCACCUACCUCCUGGGCCUCCUGCUCAAAGCCUUCUACUACUGCUGCUUCCACCCUAAACUGUGGCGGCCCGCGGACGGACAGAGCAGGCUGCCCGAUGAUCUGCCCGACGCCGACGUGUCCCUCCGAGACUUUUCCAUCCAGGACCAAGCGCCGUCCUGCCAGCUGCUCAACAAACGCAUGGCCCGCCUGGCUGCCAACUUCUACACAAAGCAACCAGUGGUGAGAAGGUCUGAGGGAGCGAGCGGAGCCCAGUCCUCGUGUUGGUGACGUCUGAUCCAGUCUGAACCGGUCCUGGUCCUGUCUGGGUUUAGACACAUGAAACUCUGAGCAGGCCUGAAACUUUUAGUUCUGACCGGUAAACUUCUGUUGGUUCCAGUUCAGAGUCCAGCUGCUGCCUCCUGGAGGUUCUGGAGAACCCAAAAGCGGUUUAGUUUAAACUCUCUUAGAAAUAAUAAUGAUGUGUGUGUGUGUGUGUGAACUGAUCUCCAGAACCGCCGCCGCGGUGACUCAGCAGGUUUGUAGCAGCAGCCCGUGGGAGCGUGUUUAGAUGAGGGCAUUCUAGAAUGAAUGACUUGAUGCAGCCGCUCUGUUGAUGUUUCCUCACACAGCCGAGGUUGGCAUCACCCGCCGUGCACCGCGGCUGUUUUGUAACCUGUUCUCGUGUUUGUUAGCGAUGGUCUGUGGACCACGGCUAACGUAGCGGGCGAAGGCUCGUGCUAGCAUUCCAGCUAAUAAAGAUAAUAAAGUCUUCUGCAGCGUUA